CAAACCUCUUGCCUUGAUACAUACAAGGUCUCCAGCUUGUCACCGUUCAAGGUGCUACGCUUUGUUAACAAUAGAAUCCAGUGAUAGUCCUUGGAUAGCUCCGAUCGCGCUCGAUACUCUGUAGUAAGCACGGAUGAAAGCAAUGAUCAGUACUCCAGUUUCUCCAAGGUCGUUGGACUGAACCUGACCGCAGCCAGAGACGUGCAUAAGGCAAUACUUUGUGAGCUGCAGAGUCAAUGACCAGGUGAUCAGGGACAGGCUGUCUUGAGAAUAAUCAUAUACUUUUCGGGAUGUAGAAGAGCUCAUAUCGACUUGUCGCGCAUCAUCACCAUCAUUGUUGAGCGAUGAGGAGCGACGGCUACAAUGGAACUGGGGUAUACUGCAGAUAUAGAAUCACUGACUGGAUAAUUGAAUAAGCAGCUACUGAAGAGACGAAACGAAGUAGCUGUCUCGCAGGUCCACGCGUUGUUGAUUACUACGACAAAGGGCUUCACGGACCCUCAGAGCUGAGCUCGGUGAGUCAGGCCGUCUACGGAGAAAAUAAUGAACCAGCAGGCCGUAGAAGCAAGCUCAUACCGCUAAAGUGACGCAUAGCUUUAUCUUCGUUGGAGAUUUGAUGAGAUAAUCUUAUCUAUGACUCGUCAUGUAUGGAGAAGGUCUGUGCCGACGCGCAUAAGUAAUCACUUUAAUAUGGCAAACUAUGGAGAAACAAAGUCGGGGAAAUACCAGGAUUGCGGCUGAAAACAGAGCAGAUUAGACCAGAAGUAAAUCGCCUCUGACUGUUCCGCGAUGGAGACGUAGUAUCGCAUAACUAUUCGGUGUCACGAAUUUGAAUUUUUCGGUCAAGGUGGGGGUUAGUCUCACUCCGAUUCCGGAAAGUCAACGGCGCCUUUUGUCAUCAAGAAGGCGCCUCAAUGACUGGCUUUGCCUGGUCUCAACAACCAUCGCCUAACCUAAUAACUACAGGUACUUACCCGCAGAUAAUUGCAAGGGGACAUACGGGUAGAGUUGAAAGCAAUGGGGUCCAGUGCACCGAGACGGCCGCCGUCGGAUGACGUUGAUGGCGAUAUCUUGACCUUCUCGGAACUCGAUUUUGCAAGACUUGGCCUUGCGAAUAGGACUGCUGAUGAGGGAAACACGCCGAUUCAGGACCAGCAAUCGUAUUUUCCAACUCAGAAUGAUGAGGUUUCGUUUAGUCAUGAGCACCUCGAUUUUACGGAUGACUUUCUCAACUCCAUGAUCCCACCAGAACAACAAAGCGAAUUCUGGCUUGAUCCUGCAUUGAGCCUGAAUUCAUGGCAAACUCCCGCUGCGGCACAGACACCAACUGGGGGAAACAUCUCGCCGUUGGCAACAUCGGGUAAUCGAGCGGGAACUCCGACAACGACGUCCCCAUUUGGAGUUCCUGGAUUCGGACAAUCCUUCAACGGGUCUCCGAUAGCUGAAAGUUCCCAACGCGGACUUCCACGGAAACGGAGCCAUUAUUUCCGUCGGCAGCCUCAUCGUAUUGGAAGUGAUCCAAUCUCAAUACCUCGCCAUAACCAUCAACGCGAUAGCACUUUAGAUCCUAUGCAACGAUGGCAAGAAUCGCCCCCGGAAGCCGAAGCGGCGUCACUGUCUGCUAUUGCUGAUGCGCUACAAAAAACGCCAUUGAGAACUCGCUCAUCCGCUGGGAGCCUAGGACGAAGCCGUGUCGGGAGUCGCGCAGGGUCAACACAUAGUCUCGGAAGUGCGACGAGCUGUUCGUCUGCGUCAGUGGGAUCACCACAGUCCGCAACUCGAAAAGGUUCGCUGAAGGGCCGAGUCACCAAGUCAAAACGUUCUUCUACCGCUAAAGGCAAGGAACCCCAGAAUAGACGGUUUCCUUGUACAUUUUGCUGUGACAAGUUCAAGAGUAAGUAUGACUGGGCCCGGCACGAAAAGUCCCUCCAUCUCGACCUUGCAGGCUGGCGAUGUGCGCCCUUCGGAGGCGUAGUGACAUCCCCAGAAACAGGACGAAACCACUGUGCAUAUUGUAGUCAACUUGACCCAACGCCAGAACAUCUUGAAACUCACAACCACGCUGGCUGUCAGAACGAUGACAAACCUCCUAUCUUCAGCCGAAAGGAUCAUCUUACCCAGCACCUUCGACUCGUGCACCACGUGAAAACAGUCCCGGUUAUAGAUUCGUGGAAAGUCGAGGGACCGCCGGUUAAAUCGAGAUGUGGAAUCUGCGGUCUUCGAAUGGAGACGUGGAAAGAACGAGUCGAACAUCUGGCGAAGCAUUUUCGAAAGGGUGAUACUAUGGCUGAUUGGAAGGGCGAUCAUGACUUUGAACCGCAUGUCAAGGCUCGAGUGACGAAUGCGCUGUCACCCUAUAUGAUCGAGGUAGAAGGGAAAUGUCCCGUGCCCUUCUCAGCGACUGAUCCCAGCUGUCGAGACCAUCUUCUUCAGAUUCGAGAGAACGUUGGAAGAACCACGGAUUUUGUCGAUGAGGGUCUGGGCAAUCUGGACACAGUGGAGGAAACUGUAGCGCGACCGCAACGCUCCAUGACGCAGGACAGCAGCUCCAUGGCCUUCCCAGAGUUUCUGGUGCAUCACCUGGGCAGAUAUGCGCAGCGACAGAUGAGUCUCGGGGUUAUCCCGACGGAUGAGAUGUUUCAGACCGAAGCGAGGAGGAUUGUAUACGAUACCUCGGAUCCAUGGGAUCAGACGCUAGCAGAUAACAAAGACUGGCUUUCGUGUUUCAAAGAACAUCAUGUUAAUGGUUCUUUAGGCACCUGAGAGUUUUUGGAAGAGGACAUUCUUUGGAAAGGUUUAUAGGUAGAUUGGAAAACUGGUGUUUGUAGCCCUGGACUGGGCCUUAGAUUGCAUUAUACUUAAAGGCUAGAUAGUAAUAAAUGUGAUUGAUCAUGUAGUU